AUGGAGGAGAGCAUCAGAGACAUCGACACCGGUGUUGAAGCUGGAGGAGAAGAUGCCUUGGUUGGAAAUGUGAACAAAUUGAUUGUGACUCCUCCAGGAUAUGCAGGAGCUCCACGAAAGGGACACCUCAUAUUUGAUGCAUGCUUUGAGAGUGGUAACCUUGGACGUGUCGAUUACAUCAGUGACUUUGAGUUUGAUCUAUUCAUAAGGCCUGACACAUGUAAUGCACGCUUUAGAGUCUGGUUCAACUUCACCGUGGAGAAUGUUCGGGAGACGCAGAGAGUGAUCUUCAACAUCGUCAACUUCAGCAAGACCAAGAGCUUGUAUCGCGACGGCAUGUCUCCGGUGGUGAAAUCCACAAGUCGACCAAAAUGGCAACGACUUCCAGCCAAGAACGUGUACUACUAUCGCUGUCCUGACCAUCGGCGGAACUACGUCAUGUCUUUCGCCUUCUGCUUCGACCGGGAGGAGGACGUUUACCAGUUUGCCUACUGCUACCCUUACACCUAUUCCCGCCUCCAGCAUUACCUGGCCAGCCUCGAGCGCAGGAACCUGGAUUACCUGCAGAGGGAGCAGCUGGGCCUAAGCAUGCAACAGCGACGGCUCGACCUCCUCACCAUUACCAACCCCGCCCACCUGAACCCAGAGCGAGAGAAGAAGGUGGUUUUUCUUACAGCGCGUGUGCACCCAGGAGAAUCGCCUGCUUCCUUCAUCUGUCAAGGAGUUAUUGACUUUCUGGUCAGCCAGCAUCCCGUCGCUCAAAUCCUACGUGACCAUGUGGUCUUCAAGAUUGUUCCCAUGCUUAACCCUGAUGGUGUCUACUUGGGCAAUUACAGGUGCUCCCUGAUGGGAUUUGACCUGAACCGUCACUGGCAGGACCCUUCCCCCUGGGCCCACCCCACCCUGCACGCUGUCAAACAGCUUAUCGUCCAACUCAACCAAGAUCCCAGAGUGAGUCUGGAGUUCUAUAUAGACGUGCACGCCCACUCCACCAUGAUGAACGGUUUUAUGUAUGGAAACAUUUUCGAGGAAGAGGAGCGUGUCCAGAGGCAAGCUGUCUUCCCAAAACUGCUGUGCAACAACGCGCCCGACUUCUCCCUCUCCAGUACAUCCUUCAACCGGGAUGUGGUGAAAGCUGGAACCGGGCGACGUUUCCUCGGGGGCCUACUGGACGACACCUCCUACUGCUACACCCUGGAGGUCUCCUUCUACAGCUAUCUGACAGCUGGGAGCACUACCCCCGUACCUUACACCGAGGACAGCUACAUGAAACUGGGCAGAAAUGUUGCCCGGACUUUUCUGGAUUACUACAAACUGAACAAUUUGAUCGACGACAGCAAACCUACAGGGCAAAUGAACAGUUUGGAUGCAUUAUCCGCCGGUCGCCAGGGGAACCAUGUUGGCACGGGGAAGAAGCAGGAUGGAGAGAAAACAGACAGAAGGAGCCAUACCAUAAGAGACUAUUAG